GUUGACCAACUCACCUUCCUUCUGGCUUGUUUCAUUUCACUCCACUUCUUUCAGUUUCAUUUCUUCCCCCCUCUUAACGACAAACUGAUGCAUCAUACCCAUCCUGGAUUUUCUAUGCUGCUGCUUCUGCUUCUCUGCUUGCUUGGUUUGAUGAUACCUACUCUUGCCUACUUGCUUGCCUGCCUAUCUCCCUAUCUUCCUAUCUAUCUACCUGCCUACCUACCUACCUACCUACCUACCUAUCUACCUAUCUACCUACCUACGUACAUUCCUAGCGCCAACUGUAUGACUUGCGCCAUGCAAGUCUUUGUAUAUACUUCUUUUCAUUUCUACCCAUCUUCGUCUUUCUUCACCUGUCUUCCACUCCUAUACGUCUCCUUCUACGUCUCCCAUCCCCCUCCCUCUCUUCUGCACCUGCUACCUAUCUAUCUCUUACGUCUACCUUCUACCCCAUCUUCCAUCCUCUCUUCUACUUCUAUCUUCAUCUCUAUUUUGCUGCAGCUAUCGCACACUGCACUUUUCCUACACACACACACACACACACACACAUUACUCAUCCUGGUUUGGCACGGGUCUGUUGGACUAGAAUAACGAGUAUUUGGUUUCGUUCCGUGGAUUAGACAGAUAGCAGACAGACAGACAGACAUUCUUAGACUUAUAUAUAGAAUGAACCUAAGCACUUGACUUGAUAUAUAGUACCUUUACUUGA